UGCUAUUAAAAAGCACUGGGGAGAGCCGCGGAGCUGCGUGGCAGUAGCUAACUCCCCUCAGCUACUUGUGGAGCUGCCUGGGAGCUGCCAUCGCUACUCGUGCUUUACUCCUCGGCUUGAGGAAAGCCACCGGACUCAUCCCCAUGGACACCGUGUUGAACUGCAGCCCCGGGGACUUGGAAGAUUAUUACAACUUGCUGGGGUGUGAUGAGCUGUCCACGGUUGAACAAAUUCUUGCCGAGUUUAAGAUUAAAGCCCUUGAAUGUCAUCCUGACAAACAUCCUGGCGACCCCAAAGCAGUGGAGAGUUUUCAGAAGCUGCAGCAAGCCAAGGAGAUUCUCGCUAACGAGGAGAGCCGAGCUCACUACGAUUACUGGCGGCGGAGCAAAAUUGCCAUUCCCUUCCAGCAGUGGGAGGCCCUCAGCAAUUCAGUGAAGACGAUUGAAAACAGUGAAGACGGAUUGUCGGAUGGGAUCAGGGAGCAAGGAGAUGUUGAAAUUCCUGAUGUGAAACCGCUGUCCUCAAAGAAUCCGGACUCCCCCCCAAGUUAGUGAAACCAGCAGUUACAAAAGAUUGCAGAAUGCAAAAACAGCCUGAAAAUGAGACUUCUAGUCAUGAGAAAUUCUUCUCCAGAAUAAUGCAUUUAAUUAGUAGCUUUUUUUUUUUUUUUAAAUGUGGCUUUGGGUUGUUCUUUUUCCAUGUCAUUUUUAAUAUAAUUUUGACUCUUUUAGGYCUUUUCUCUCUCGCUUCAUGUUUUUUGUUUUACUAGCAAACAAACAAACCUAAAAUAAGACAGUUUAUCCUAAACAAAAAAGGAGUUUAGUGUUCUUGCUUAAUCAAAAAUAAAUAUGUUACUCAAAUAUUACCAGCAGUAGUUUGAAUAUAACUGCUUGCAACUACUAAAUAACGCAGUUAGAUGUUAUAUACRUUUUUGUUUAAUCCAGCAGUCAGAACUCAUGCACAGUUUAUAACUGUUAAGAUGAAAAGGAGACUGAAAAAGAAGACUUGAAUUCCUUUGUACUUGAUCACAAGUUCUGAACAUACAUAUAUGUAAAUAUAUGUACACCACAGUAAGUAUCUAUUUCAGAAGCAGUCUGCURGAGAGGCAGUAUUUUCUGUCUGUUUAGAUUAAUCUAGAUUUGAAUCACAGCUUAGUUCCAAAAGGCCCAUCUUCUGUAUUGUAUUUGAUGCCUCAGUGGUAUCAUAAUCUUGGGUUUAUGUUAUCAAACUAUUAUUAAACAAAGUUUUGUAAUUUCUUGUUUGAUCAAUCAAACAGGAAAUUAAACUGAGAGGGAACAAAAACCUCACCCUGUUCCUCUUGCAACCAAGAAGUUUUGUCUUAGUAUUUUCUAAUCUGACUAUUCCUGACUAUAGUUAAGUGCCUGACUUCUUUACUCAUCCGUAUGUUAUCCCUUCCCUUUACGCUUCUGCCUUUCACACACUUGGAGAUUUAUCAUGUCACCUUCUUCAGAUUAAGAAAUGCAAUUCAUUCGUUCUUCUUUUUAAAUCAUAUUUUCUAGACUGCUCAUCAUUUUUGCUCUUUCCAGGUGAUAGGUAUCUUGCAGUUUGGUGCUUGCUUGGUGGUGAAGGGUUUUGUACAAAUGGUGCUCGGCCAGUCAAGAGCACUGGAAGGGUCCGAUUUUUAAAAUUACUUUUGGGAAGAUAUGUUUGUUUUUGCUAUGUAACUAACAAUUCACUUGGUCUCCUCUUCUUUCCCCAGGAUUUUCAGAGGGAAAUUACUGGCACUUGCGUUUCCGCUGGUCGGGAGAGGCUCCCUCAGAGCUGCUGAGGAAAUUCAGAAACUACGAAAUCUAAAAUGCAAAAUUCCUAGGAGUGCACGAUCCUGUUUAGCAGCUCAGUAUGUUAUGUUAUUUGUAUCUUAACUCCUUCAUUGCUAUGUGAAUGUUACUCAGUUCAGUGGUGUCUUAUACCAAUCGAUCUGUUAACCCACAUCUCUGAGCUUUGCAGAUGGGGAUCUCUGUUUGAUCAGCAAGUAGUCCUCUUUUCAGUAUUCACAUGGUGUUGUGCAUAGCUGUCUAACACCUCGUGUACUGUUUCUUCUAUUAUAAGGUAGUGUAGCAAGUAAUGUUUUUGUCAGUACAAUGAUACUAUAAAAAUCUCUCAAAAUCAGAAGUCACYGUUAGACUUCAGGAACUCCUAACGUUAACCCAAAAGCUACAUGACGAUGAACCUGAAGCAAAACUAGGUUUAUUUCUGUUGCAUAGUACUUACAGUAGUGAUUUAUAUUGCRCAUUAAUAUUAUUAAUACACUAUUAUAAGCUUAACUUGUCAGAUAAUUGUGAUCUUACGGUGGAAAUAAGAACCUGCUUAUUAUCCCAGAAGACAGCUGUGAUAGAUUAAGCUCUCCUGACAACUCAGUUGCUUUCUACCUUAAAAAGUAAGCUUUUUGCAACACCUGUUUAUCUUGGCAGGCGAUUCCAGA